AUCAUUACAUUUUUUGUAAGAGAAAACAAAAGUAUACACCUCUUUCGCUAUUUUGACCUCUCUCAGCUUUCACUACCAGAAAAAUACAAAACCCUAGAUUUUAUCUUCAAUCUUCAAUCUUCAGACCAUGUCUUCUUCACCUCAAUCACCAACCAUGUCCGAUUCCACCUCCUCACCGCUCCUCCGCUCCCGUCAAUCUCCCCGUCGCCGUCAACCCGUUCUCGCAGUCCUACUAGGCCGAGCCUCUGGUCAUCGAGGAGCUUCGAUGGUUGUGAGAGAGACAGCCGCACAAGAGCUCGAGGAGCGAAGAGCCGAUUGGGGCUACUCGAAGCCUGUCGUGGCGCUCGACAUGCUUUGGAACACGGCCUUCGUGGUUGUCGCGGUGGUGAUGCUCUUGGUUUACAAGGAGGAGAAGCCGAACGUGCCGAUUAGGGUUUGGAUAUGUGGGUACGCGGUUCAGUGUUUAGUUCAUGUGGUGCUUGUGUGGUUGGAGUUUAGGAAGAGGAAUGGGAGUAGGGGAGGUGGUGGUGGGGAUUUGGAAGCUGGGGAAGGUUCUGUGGGGAGUAGAGUUGGUGGUGAUAGUGAUGAUGAAGAUGGUGAUGAUAGGAUCCUCAGCACUAAGACUUGUGAAUCGUUGAACACCAUUAUAUCAUUUGUGUGGUGGAUUGCUGGCUUCUACUGGCUUGUAUCUGGUGGUGAAAUCCUUCUCGAAAACGCACCGCAUCUGUACUGGUUGACUUUUGUUUUCUUGUCAUUUGAUGUGUUCUUCGCCGUCUUUUGCGUUGUGGUGGCAUGUCUUAUCGGAGUCGCUCUCUGUUGCUGCCUCCCUUGUAUCAUUGCUCUUCUUUACGCCGUUGCCGGGCAGGACGGUGCAACAGAAGCAGAUAUCAGUAUCCUUCCCAAGUACAAAUUUCAGAUGAUGAGCAAUGGCGAAAAGCAAACAGAUGGUGGAGGGAAAAUGAUCCCCAUCGAAGCAGGCAAUGAGUAUUCGGGUAACGAACGUGUACUUGAAGCUGAAGAUGCUGACUGUUGUAUAUGUCUGAGUUCAUAUGAAGAUGGAACAGAGCUGGUGACACUUCCUUGCAACCACCACUUUCACUCGGCGUGCAUCGAGAAAUGGCUGAAAAUGAAUGCCACAUGUCCACUCUGCAAGUUCAAUAUUCUCAAAGGUAAUGAACAAGAAUGAAAGUAGAAGAAGAAGAGGAUUCAUCCCCCUUAAGUUUGCUUUGGCACUUGUUUUUCUUGAUGUUGUAUAUAGAGAGUAGAGUAACGCAAAGUGAUUGUUAUUUUGUAAGCCUUAAGAUAUAUAAAUUGUGACUUUGUUGUCAUUCCUGUUUAUCAUAUAUCAAAUAAAGAGUUAUGUACGAAUAUUUUCAGAAAUAACAAAACUAG